GAUGAUUUCGCAAUGGCUUUUUCGAGGCGGUAUCAGGGACGGAGAGAAAACAUGUUCUAAAUGUUGACAGACCCUGUAAAUCUAUCAGCAGUCCCAGUUACGUAAGGGAAUUUGAGUUAAAGGACAAAAAGAAGUCAUAGUGCACAAAGCAUGGAACGGUAGCCAUCAUCCAGGUUUGAACUCCAGAUCAUCACAACCAUGGCUGACAUUCGACACAUUCCAUUGACCUUGACAUCGAGGUAUGCCUCAACCUGGGGCGCCUGGGAGGGUAUACGUGAACUUGUACAGAACUGGCAUGAUGGGCUGUAUGAAAUGGCUGAUAGUCUUGACAUUGUCUCUUCAGUGCCUUUGCAAGUUCACUUCGAAAAGACGUCUGACCCGAGACUGAAGGAUGAAUUUAAAGCUUUUGUUCUCAAUCCAGCCGACCAGUCCAAAGUUAUUCUUGGUGUUUUAAUAUUUGACCAUUUAAAUAGCCGACUUACUCUCAUUAACAAAUCUACCUCACUUCACAAAAGAAUUCUGCUGAUGGGCUACAGUGCUAAAACUGAGAAACGAGAGGUGAUUGGUCAGUUUGGAGAAGGUCUGAAGGUAGGAGCUUUGUCAUUGGUCAGAGAUGGAAGGCCUGUCACCAUGGAAACCAGUUCAGACAGAUGGCGCUUUGAUUUGGUGCUGAAUGAAGAAUUUGGAGAAAAAGUAUUGACAGUGAUUGUCUCAGACAGAAAUGUGUCAGGUAAUUCCGUCAGCGCGGCUGGAUUGUCAAACGAUGUCUUUCCGGUUUGUCCUGUUAAACUGGAGGACACGGACACCUGCACCUCUGUGACAAAUAUCACGAGUGAAGAGUGGAAGAUUUUUUUGCCAAGGUUUUUAUUUUUACAACCGUCUAAAGAUAGCGUGAAGACAGAGCUAGGAACUCUGUUACUUGAUGAUCACCUGUCAGGUCAGUUGUACGUCAAAGGGGUGUGGGUAAGUGACCUGCGUGGAGAGGACUUGGCUGCUGGCGUGGAUUUUGCAUCUCUACAGGUGGAUCGUGACAGGAACGCUGUUCCUCGACCAAGUGAAAUCGACCAUCUGGUGAGUGGGAUAUGGAUCAAGUCGGUCACUCAGAAACCCAUGUUGAUCUCCAAAUAUUACGACUUACUGCUUGAAGAUAAAUAUCGUGAUGUUCGCCAUGCUGGACAAUACAUGAUUGGGACAAAUGUACCUCAACUCAUCUCGGAACAAUUUGUGAUAAAAUAUGGAAAGGAGGCAAUUCCGGUGGCGAAUAGCGUUUCCAUGGAGACACUUCAAGAAAUACGUCGAGAAUUAUCCACAAAGGUGGUGUUGUGCAAUCAGACAUUCCUCAACAUUCUCAGCCACUCAGGGAAUCACACAUCUGUGGAGGAGAUGCUGGCAGGUUUGCACUCGCGCAAUAGAAGUCGUGUCCCUUACAGCGAGCUCAGCCCAGAGAAGCAAAAUGUCCUGCGCCAUGCAACGAAGUUGAUACAAAUGACGGAUAACAGCUUUAUGUUGUCAUCAGUUGAUGUGGCCCACACACCAGAUUAUGAGACUUGUGUUGCUAAUGGUGACAGUGUCGUUGUUCCUCAUUGGAUGUUGGAGCUGGAUGUCGUCCAUAAAGCUGUGAAGCUCUGCCCUGAGAUGGCCAAUCAGGGUUUGAGGAUUUGGUUUACACUAAUUCUUCAACCUUUUCAAUCACCUCUGCAACCAAUAUUUUGA